AUGAUCCCCGGGGCCCCCGGUACGACCACCACCAUGCUCCCCGCCUCCGAGGCUGCCAAAAUCUACCAGACCAACUACGUGCGCAACUCCCGCGCCAUCGGCGUCCUGUGGGCCAUCUUCACCAUCCUCUUCGCCAUCGUCAACGUGGUGUGCUUCAUCCAGCCGUACUGGAUCGGAGACGGCAUGGACACCCCGCAGGCGGGCUACUUCGGUCUGUUCCACUACUGCAUCGGGAACGGGCUGUCCCGGGACUUGACCUGCCAGGGCAGCUUCACCGAGUUCAGCACCAUCCCCUCCGGUGCGUUCAAGGCCGCCUCCUUCUUCAUCGGCAUGUCCAUGGUGCUGGUCAUCACCUGCAUCGGCUGCUUCGCACUCUUCUUCUUCUGCAGGACCGGCACCGUGUAUAAGAUCUGCGGCUGGAUGCAGCUGGCUGCAGGCACAUGUCUGAUCCUGGGCUGCAUGAUCUACCCGGACGGAUGGGACAGUGACGAGGUGAAGCGAAUGUGUGGCGAGCAGACGGACAAGUACACACUGGGCGCCUGCUCGGUGCGCUGGGCCUACAUCCUGGCCAUCAUGGGCAUCCUGGACGCGCUCAUCCUGUCCUUCCUGGCCUUCGUUCUGGGGAACCGUCAGGACAGUCUGAUGUCCGAGGAGCUGCUCGGAGACAGUAAGAGAAUCGUCCCCCCCAUAUCACAGAGAGCGGCAAUAACGCCAUAUAAUAUCUAUUGA